AUGAACAACCGUUCCCCGCCACCUUCAUAUUUGCACGCUAACCGCUACUCCGCCCAACAAAACUAUCAGCAUCAACCCAACCAGUACCAAAACCCUCAUCAAUUCAGAGUUCCAUCAGCUUUUCCUCAAGUACCAUUACACGUCUCGCCUUUUGCCUCCAAUCCAUCGACUUCUUUCGGAAAUCCGACAGCUUACUCGACAUAUCCGACGUUUCCAGGCCACACAGCUCCAGAAGAACAGCCAUACGCUGGCAUAACUGGGGGUGUUUUAGAGGAAAGCGGUCUUACUAGUACUAUGAGUGUUUUAGAUCAGGAACCGUUUCAUCUUUUACACCAUCUCGCUUUUCCUUCGUCAUCUAGUUCUGAAUACCCUUUAAACUUCUCAGUUCCACAAGUGUUGCAGUCGCUGUUCGCUUAUUGUUUUCUCUUCUCAGCCUCAAAGCUGAUGCGACAGUCGGUGUUGCCUUUCAGAAGAGGUUUCUUCUGCCACGACCAAUCCAUCAGCUACCCGUUUCGCCAAUCGACUGUGUCUUCGUCCCUUGUCUACUUAAUCGGAUACUCCUCCAACAUGCUGGCCAUACUAUGUGUGGAAUGGACACUCGCAUUCAUAAUCUACAGUCACGGCAGGAAUAGCAGAAGUCGGAAAGUCUCUUCGCCUUCAGGUGUGCCUGGAUUUGGCUGGUUGAGGAGACUCCUCUGGCGCUCUGGGCUGUUCUUCGGAUCCCUGGUCCACUGCAGCCUUCCCUUCCUAUUCGGAGGAGUGCUCUGCAUGACAAUCACUGACCUCGGAAAAUUCACCAUUGGAAGAUUGAGACCCCACUUUCUAAGUGUGUGCGAACCCAACUGGGAUCUAGUUAACUGCUCCUCCUCGCCCUCAGGGGGCUCCUACAUCCUACACGACGUCUGCACCGGAGAUCCAGCAGCUAUCCGGGACGCCAGACUUUCGUUUCCCUCCGGGCACUCCUCACUGGCUUUCUACGUGGCCACUUUCCUGGUGCUGUAUCUGCAUAAAAGAGCCAGACCUUACAUUCCACUGGCACCUCUGCUGACUCCUAUGGUCACUCUAGUGGCUCUGCUUUUGGCACUCUUUACAGCCCUCAGCAGAGUGAGUGACAACAAACACCACCCCUCUGAUGUACUGGCUGGAAGUAUAGUGGGGGUACUCUGUGCCUCAUACGCUGCAUUCCUCCUACCCUCCGUCUCCCCCCGACUGCAGCUCAAAACCACCCGAGGAGUACUCCCCAAUGAGAGCCGAGGGUUUAGAGGGGGUGAAAGUAGCUCGGAAAGCAGCGACGACGAAGAAUAG